GGGAGUGGGGCGUGGGGAUAGGGAAGGAAGGUGGAGUGAAAAUUACGUAAGAGUGGGAAGAGGAGGAGGCAGGAGGUGGCAGAAAGAGAGAAAUUGGAGAGGGCGAGGAUUAGGGCUUAGUUGCAGGUGGUGGGAGUGGAUGAUUGGAGCUCCCACCUGCAACUUGAAACCCAAUUCUCUGUAACCCCCUCACCACUGAUCACCACGUGGACUUCUCCCAUUUCCCCCUCCAUGAAACCUCCACCCAUUUCAUUUUCUUCUUCUUUACUUAUUUCCACACUCCAUCCCUCCCUCUUCAUUCCUCUUCUUCCCUCCUUCUUCUAACGCUUCCUCUCGUUUUUUGUUUUUGUUUUUGUUUUUUCCCAUGUGGGUUUCCCCUUCAAUUCUGUUUCGCGUUUGUGGGUAGCCCCGAAAUCGCGUUUCACGCCCGUUUCUCUUUUGAUUUCUACUCUCUGCGGCACCGAUUUCUGCUUGUUUACUUCAAUGGGCGAACCAAUCGGCGGAUGCGCGGAUGACCUUCUGCUCAGACUCUCUCCGGAGAUCAACACACAAACCCAGCUCUCUGUUUCUGAACCGCCGGACCUUACUCUUAGGCUCUCUCUCGGCGGAAUUUACUGUGGGAAAUCCAAGGAAAAUUCCUUGACUCGGUCCUCUUCUGUUAUCGGGGUGAUUUCUCAGAACGCGGAAGCGUGGAAAUGGGAUGUGCAGGCCGCCGCGCAGCCGGGUUCGUUUCUUUCGUUGGCGAGAUCUUGCUCUCUUCCGGCGGAGACUGAGCAUCUGGGUCGGAUUAAACUCAAGGAGCUGCAGUUGAUGAGAAGGAUGGAGGCUAAGAAGAGGCUGGCGGAGCAGAGAAGCGGCAGAGCGGCUGCGGCGGAGGAUGAUAAAUCCGCGGCCACCGCUGCUGCACCGCCGUCGCCGUCUGAAGUGGCGGCUUGGGCCGCCGCUUCUGCAGCAAAAAGCCCUGCUCUAUGUCGUGCAAUUGAUAAGAUCAAAUCCAACCAAGGAAGCCUUUCACAGAGUUAUACAGUUGAAGGACAUGGAAGUCUGGGAUCAUCAUCAAAGGGAUCAUUCAGUUCCCAAUCUUCACUGGAGUCAAAUGACAGAGGGCCAGUAGUGAGCUCACAAACAAUGGCAUCGAGAAAAACCGAUAAACCGCCGACAAAUGCGGCGAAAAAGGCUAGAGUUUGCAAGGGAGUGAUGGAAGGGGAUGGAGGGAUGGACGUGAUGAGGACGAUGCCGAGCGUAUCGACAGUCGGGGACGGGCCAAACGGGAGGAAGGUAGAAGGGUUUUUGUACAAGUACAUGAAGGGGCAAGUGUGCAUAGUGUGUGUGUGCCAUGGGAGCUUUCUUACACCAGCAGAGUUUGUGAAACAUGCUGGUGGGAGGGAGGUGGCUAACCCCAUGAAGCACAUCCAUGUCUGCUGUACCUCAUUUUCCUUGUAAUGGGAAACAGAUGCCUAUUGAAUUUGGAAAGUGUUCUUCUCAUUUUGCCCUCUCUCCUGUUUGGUUUUAGGGAGAAUGAAAAGAAAACACCAACAACAAUCAGGAUCCCCCCAUGAUCUUAAUGAGAUUAUUGCUGUUAUUGUCACCUUCAUUUCAUGUUUCAUAUGGAAUAAUUCUUGAUGCUGCUGGUCCAAAUUAUCUCGGCAGGUUAACCACCUCAAGGGGCAAUCUAGUUGGCAAGGACUUGGGAUCUUUUGAUUA